GCCGCAAGAGAAUUCAUUCUCUCUUUUGUUUCCUGAAUUUCUCCUCCCGUUUACAAUGGCGCAACUCACUUUGAGUUUCAAUCUUGUGGGGGCUUUCAGAGGGCUAUCCAUUGCACCAUCGUCUUCCUUUACCAGAGGGGACGUCGGCGGUCCUGCUCAACUACUUCAAAAAACAACCGCAAUCUCCUCCUUUCCCUUGAAAUUCCCAUUGACAAUUGAGGCGGCACACAAGAAAGGAGCUGGAAGCACUAAAAAUGGCCGUGAUUCGCCGGGGCAGAGGCUUGGAGUCAAAAUCUUCGGGGAUCAAGUCGCCAAGCCUGGCUCUAUUAUAAUUCGCCAGCGCGGUACCAAGUUUCAUCCAGGGAAGAAUGUUGGACUUGGUAGGGAUCAUACCAUUUUCUCGUUGAUAGAUGGAAUGGUCAAAUUUGAGAAGUUUGGACCCGAUAAGAAAAAGGUAAGUGUAUAUCCUCGAGUGGUACAGCCUGAGAAUCCCAAUAGUUACAGAGCAAGAAAGAGAGAGUCAUUCAGGUUGCAACGGGAGCGACGAAAAGCAAGAAAAGAAGGGAUUGUAAGUGAACCAGAAAUGGUUCUUGCUUCUGCUGCUACCCCAUCUUGCUGAAGAAGAGUAUCAGGAAUGAAUGAGAAGCUGUGGAAUGAUUUUCUUUUUUAACAUUAAUAUUAGUAUUGUAUUCUUGGAUUCAGCCACAGCAGAGCAGCAAAGAAAUGAAUCAAAUACAUAACUUCACCACCCACUUUUGUGUAUCUGUAUCUACCAAUACCAUCCGAGAGAGAGAGAGAGAGAAAUGGAAUCGUUGAGUGUAGACAAAACUAUAAGAACAAUUUCAUUGGCCCAUCCAUCAUCGUUUGAUCUGGAAUUAAUCACCAAAAUUCACUUU